AUGACGACAACCACCUCCCCUCACAUACCCUUCAUGAAGAAAUGUCUCUCCCUAGCUGAGCAAUCACCACCUCGCCCGACAAACUUCCGAGUCGGGGCCCUCCUCCUCUCCCGCAAAGAUAACGAUCCAACCUUCGCCGAUGAUCGCAUCCUCUCAACAGGCUACACAAUGGAACUAGCAGGCAACACCCACGCCGAGCAAUGCUGUUUCUCCAACUACGCCGCCGUCCACAACGUGCCAGACGACCUAGUCAGCACAGUUCUCCCCGUUGAGACGGGCCGCAAGCUCAUUAUGUACGUCACGAUGGAGCCGUGCGGGAAACGGCUAUCUGGGAAUGCGCCGUGCGCACAGCGCAUUGCGCGGACGACGGAAGGAGGUAAGGCGGGUAUUCAUAAGGUUUAUUUUGGAGUCAAGGAGCCGGAGACUUUUGUGGGGGAGUCUGAGGGUUGUAGGAUGUUGACUGAGGCGGGAAUUGAGUGGGAGCAUGUUUCUGGGUUGGAGCGGGAUAUUCUGUCUGUUGCUUUUGCUGGCCAUGAGAAUGGAGAGGAGGAGGUCCGCAUUGCUCUUGGGGAGAAGGGGACUAACAUUGAUGAUAUUAGUCCUGAGGAGAGGAGGAGGCAAGAGGAGGCUCCACGGAACCCGAAGAAGAGAAUGAUGGAGGGCCAACUUCAUCCACGGGCAGCAACUGUUCAAUAUCCAAAGUCUACACCUCAAGGACAAUAUACCAAAGACAAAGAUGACCCAAUGGCGACAGGCACCAAUGUGGACCUCACCUUCUACCCCGCGUUCUGCUUCAAGGCGUCACCAACACACUUUACCUGGGUGAAGAUGAGUGCCGCAGAUGUUCACCAUCUCCGAAGAGCAAAACAGUUUGUUGGCCAGGACACCUUCUUCUACAACAACCACCCAAUCCGCUUUGUCAGCCUAGUAGGCCUGAUAGUAGCGCGAACAGAAAUAACCCGCCGAACAAUCCUAACGCUGGACGACAGCAGCGACAAAGAAUCAAUCGACAUAACCCCCCUCCAGCCAGGCACAAUCAUCCGAAUAAAAGGAACCCUGUCUAUGUUCCGGCAAAGAAUGCAAAUAAACCUCGAACGAUUCAUGCCGGUGCCAGAUACGAACUCGGAGAUGGGAUUUCUAGACCAGCGUCUUCGGUUUUUGAUUGAGGUUCUGUCCGUGCCGUGGGUUUUGUCAGAUGACGAGAUUGAAAAGUGUAGAGUUGAUGCUGAGAAGGGGGAUGUGCGGGCCUUGGAGGAGCGGAGGAGGGUUGAGAGGCGUGGCGUUAAGCGGAGGGAGAGGGAAGAGAGGGAUGCUCUGAUUAUUGCGAAGAGGUAUGAGCGCGAAGAAAAGGAGAGGGAGAAAGAAGGGGUUUUCUGUCGCGAGGAUGGGGUUAGGGUUAUGAGGAGGUUUGGGUGGGAGGGGAAUGGGUGUGAUCUUGAGUGA